AUGACUGAGGAGAUGAAAGUAGAAAUGUGGCUCAGUGGAACAUUCUUCUUCUUGCACAAGCACACAAAAUGCCACACAACUGGUUAUUUCUUCAUGAUGCUUGCUUACCAGCUAGCCAUCAAUUUUCCCAGCAUCCAGCUGGACAUGAACAGGGCUAUCCUCAAGGAUCCCUCCCUUCUAGACCCUGACAAGUCACUUUGCAAGCAGAUGGAAGGGUUAUUUCUGCAACCCCUGCAGAAGCUUCAAUCCAGACUAUGUGAAUGUCCGCCUUUGAUGUUCAUUGUUGAUGCCCUUGAUGAAUGCACACACAAAUCCCUCAAUGAAUACUUGUCUGAAUCCAGGGAUGAAGGCGAAUCCAAAAGUGAGCUUACUGAGCUCAUCUCCCUGCUUGCCCAAGCUCUUCAUGAUCCUGAUCUACCUUUGAUCCACAUCCUAGUCAUGAGUCACUCAGAAGCACAUAUUUGCGAAGCCAUGCAGAGCGAAGAUGUGCGCCCACUGUUGUGCAAGAUACCAGUGAAGAUUUUAGGGGAGGGUGUUGCUGCUACCAUCUCACUAGAUGGUGUAGAUGUUGAUGAAGAUAUCAAUUGUUUCUUGGAGCAUUCCUUUGGAACAGAGGUGUACGAGUUAUAUGAUCAUAUCCUUUCCACAUGCACUGACCUGAAGUGGGCAUACCUGCACUUGUCCAUUGUUGCUACCCUUAUGGAUCCUCUACCAAUCUCACAAAUGUCAGAACUUCUCAGCCCUGGUCAGGGCAGAGAUGUUGAGAAAGUACUGGUGCAGCUACAGUCUGUCAUAGAUGUUCCUCCCAACAGCAGUCUCCCCACAAAUAUCUAUCACUCGUCCAUUCGUGACUAUGUCCCUCACUGCUCAAACUCCAGUCUCUAUAUCACUUCACCUCACUCCCUACUCACACAUUCUUCUCUCCACUUGAUGGUACAAGAGCUCCCAGGUCCCUCAGCCCUAUUGGAUGUGCUCUCAGUAUUGAAGCAGCAGACCAUUGGAGCCAAUGCAAGUGCUUGCAGCUCUCCUAUGGCUUUGGGGAAAUUGCAGUUCAGAGUCACAAUUCUGGCUAGAAACUCUGGAUGGGCAUGCCUGGCUGGAUACUCUGGAUGGGCAUACCUGGCUGCAGACUCAAGAAGGAAAGGACUGGUUGCAGACUCAGAUGGCACAAAGCUGGCUGGACCUCUCCAACCUGCAGACCCAGCAUGA